AUGAGUAAAGGCAUUGGUAGCGAUAUGUUUCGUCUUACGAUUCAAAUAUCGGUAAAAUUCGAGAGGUACUGGGUUAAGAAUAUGCAACAACCAGUUGAUCCUUACACGAUGGGUUAUGGUAGUAACUUAUUGGCUAGACUGCCUUCGCGCUUAACGGCUUACAAGCUCGUACAAAAAAGAGCUCCUAGUAGGUAA